AUGCCGGGCCAGUUCACUGACUUUAUUUGCCAGAUUGUAAAUUCCUUAAGAAGAGGGAGCCGCUGUCCUAAAUCUAUUGCACAUUCACAAACACUUAUUAAGCAAGCAAUAAUGGCAAAUGGAAACAAUACUGCAGUGACAGAGUUCAUUCUUUUAGGAUUAACAGGUGACCUUAAUCUUCAAGUGAUCUUCUUUUUAGUGUUCCUAGUUGUGUAUUCUGUUACUCUGCUUGGAAAUCUAGUCAUCAUUAUAUUAAUCAGAACCAAUUCUCAACUUCAAACUCCAAUGUAUUUUUUUCUUAGUCACUUGUCCUUCUCAGAUAUGUGUUUUUCCUCAUCUGUCACACCCAAGAUGCUGGUAAACUUCCUAGCAGAGAAGACAAUUUCCUACCCUGCCUGUGUCAUUCAGUUCUGGUUGGCAGCGACCUGUGGAUUCUCAGAAUGCUUUCUCCUGGCAGUCAUGGCAUACGAUCGAUAUGCUGCAAUUUGCAGUCCUCUCAUCUAUACGCUUAUAAUAUCCGAAAAGGUUUGUGCCUCAUUGGUUGCUGCAUCUUACAUUGUAAGCUUGAUGAAUUCUCUGUUAUGUACAUAUGGUGUGUUUAGGUUAUUCUUCUGUGGACCCAAUCAAAUAAACCACUUUUAUUGUGAUACCCCCCCGCUGUUGAAACUAUCCUGUUCUGACACCCACCUGGCAAAGAUCUUUCAGUCAUCUUCAGCGGGCAUCACUGUCAUAAUUACAUGUGGGACCAUCAUCACCUCUUAUAUAUACAUUCUCAUUUCCAUCUUGAGAAUGCCUACCAAAGGUGGAAGACGUAAAGCUUUCUCCACCUGUGCGUCUCACCUGUUAGCUGUUACUCUCUUCUAUGGAACGGUCACAUUUAUCUAUGUGAUGCCCAGCUCUGACAACUCAAUGGAUUUGAACAAAAUGGUGUCUGUAUUUUACAUGGUCAUGAUCCCCAUGCUGAAUCCCAUGAUCUAUUGUUUAAGGAACAAGGAUGUGAUGGAGGCCCUUAAAAGAACAGUUCUGAUCAAAGGAGUUUCCUAA